CAUGGUAUUCAUUUCAUGUCGGAGCUUGUUGUCAAUAACGAUAGUCGUUUCGCAGACGAAUCUAAAGAUGUUACAGAUUUGUGUUACUUUGCCUUAAAACCAAACUUUAGUUGUAGUUAUGCUUGUUAGGAUUCAUUAAUAUUAACAGUAAAGGAAGCAUAGGUUAUGUAUUUAACAGCAUUGUGGAGGUAGUAUAAAAUAAUAAAAAAAUGGAAGAAUAUAAUUUUAGCCUGACCUGUUCAAACACUUCUGAGAUUAAGGAAAAGUAUUGUAAAUACUCCUACAGCUCGUGGUGUGUUACCUGUGAAAAGAAUUCACCCAGGAGAAGGUCGAGAAGUGAGACAAACGAAUCAUGUAGGAAAAAAUGCAAGGAAAUGAAAACCCUUACUCCGAAAAAGUACAAUAAAUGUAAUGAAUACGAAAAUAUGGAGCUGGAGUACGAUUUCAAAGGCUGGCAUGACACUAGGUUUGAUUGCUGUAGGAUUAGGUCAAAUUUGGUUGAAUUGCCCACUUCAUACAUUUCAAACAACUGUCAACUUCCACAAAACAUUUCUGAACAGAGAGAUGACACACAGUGUUUAAAAUCUGUCAAUGGCUUUAGUAAAUUAUCUGAUAUAAAAUUAAAUUACGACAGUAGCGAAUCGAUGGAAAAUAAUGGCAAAAUUGCAGAAAAUGUUAGGGCAUUUGGGAAGUACAGUCCUACUAUUUGUCAGUCGUAUAUAAAAUGUAGCAGUUUGCAUCCAAUUAAGCAAAAGGUAUUUAGUGAUGACAUACAAAAUGCAAACUCGGACUGUGAUGUACAAAAGGGGGGUGCUUCUGGUUGUAAGGAAUACUGCCAGUUGUCAGACUAUAAGUGCCAUGAGCUUCCCAACCGAAAACCUCUCUGUUAUGAGACUGACACAUACUUUAAUCGACCAAUAGACAGAGAGAGGUACACCAAAGAAGUGGAUAGAUUGAGGGAGAAGCUUAGAAUUUUACAAAAAGGCGUAUACACGUGUCAUGAUGUGAAAGUAAUUAAUUUAGAUAAGGGCGAUAGUCUUAAAGAGACCUUUAUAGCCAGCCCUAUUGAGAUCAAACCAAAGAUAAAGAAGGAUAAGAAGUCGUGCACGAAUUUGAAAACUAGCAAGAGUAAAGUUUCUUUGAAAAUCAAGAAAAACAAUAUCAAUAAAACUAAGAAAUUGAAGAGCAAGGAUACGAAUGGUGGACAGGCUGAGACAAGUCAAAAUGAUUUGAGUGGUUCGGAAAGUGACGUUGUUGAAGAUGAUUCCUUGGAUGAAGACUCGGAGAGUGUUUAUAGUGAUCCUGUGUCCACUGAUGAUAGUACAAAAGAUUCCACGGAUAAUAGUGUUUCUCUACCUUAUAACCAGUCCUGUUCGGGCGAAUCAGCGUCAUGGCCAGUACGAUCCAGCUUAUUUCCUAACAUUCCACCUUACAUUAAGUUCAGAUCACCGGACCUCGAAAUUGCCUACAAACUACCAGCCGGCAAGAAGUUUUUCAAAUGGAAACUCAGCACUAUCACGCCGGUGAUUGUCAGAAAAACGCUGACGAACUCUGGCUUCGCCUUGGUCAGAAGUGAGUUCAGUAGAGAAUCGAACCAGUGGCUGGGCACGUGGGGAAAACACAUGAAAUCUGCCAAUUUCGUAACUUUAAAAGAGACACAGAAACUGAAUCAUUUUCCUGGAACUUUCCAACUGGGAAGAAAAGAUAGGCUGUGGAGGAAUUUCCAGAAAAUGAUUGCCCAGUUUGGCCUUAAAGAGUUUGGAUUUCUGCCUCACACCUACGUUCUACCUCAAGAUAUAAAAUUGCUGAAGCAGAGGUGGGAUUUUAAAAAUGGCGGCACCAAGGAAAUGUGGAUUAUUAAACCGCCUGCGUCAGCUAGAGGUGCCGGUAUCAAAGUCAUCAACAAAUGGUCUCAGCUGCCCAAAAAAACUUCUUUGGUGUGCCAGAAAUACGUUAACAAUCCAUACCUCAUUAACGGCAGCAAAUUCGACCUGAGACUGUACGUUUUGGUUACUAGUUUCCACCCGUUAAGAAUAUACCUCUAUCCUGACGGCUUAGCCAGGUUCGCAAGUGUGAAAUACAGCGAUGAUAUCAAAGACCUUAAAGAUCGUUACAUGCAUCUGACCAAUUACAGUAUAAACAAACUGUCUAGCCAAUAUACAGCGAACGAAGACGCGAAUGCCUGUCACGGUCACAAGUGGACUGUGAGCAAAUUAAUGGAGUACAUGCACGACGAGGGGGUAGAUACGAAAACUCUGUGGACGAAUUUGCAAAAAUUAGUUAUAAAAACUAUCAUUUCUUCCGAGUCUUUGAUAACACCCUUGUGCGAAGAAAGCAUGCUGAGUUAUUACAAUUGUUAUGAGCUGUUUGGAAUCGAUGUACUACUGGACGAGUAUCUGAAACCGUGGUUGCUUGAGGUUAAUAUUUCUCCAAGUUUGCAUAGCGCAUCUCCGCUUGACGCCCACGUUAAGGGUCCUCUAGUACAAACCUUGCUCGACAUGGCCCAAUUUCAUUUUCCUCCACGGUUAGGGCAGUCUGUCAAAAAUCCACCGCAGUGCUUCGACGGACGACUAUAUACAAGGGCUUUGACCAAAAGAGAGAGAAAGAAACAUAAGAAUUUCACUGAAUUUGAAUCGAGAGAGGACUAUGUCUACGAUAUUCUAAAAGAUUUAACAGGUGAUGACGUAAGACAUUUACUGAGGGCCGAAGAUGAAUUUGUAGUCAAAGGAAAAUUUGAGAGGAUAUUUCCUACAGAAGAUACACAUACAUACUUAGGAUUUAUGGAAUCUAGGUACUACAACAGACUGUUUGAUGCCUGGGAAACGAAAUACGCUUCUAGAAGAGAUGACGGAAUUGCUCUCCUUCAGACAUUGUGUGCCCAAAAAAUCCACCUGAAUGUUCCGACCCAAUCUACAUUAUCUAAGGCCAGAAAUAUCAUUCUGUCAGCACUGCACAGUGUGUGCUCGCAAUGCCGCAAAUUAUCUGAAUAUGAUCCCUGGGCUGGAAGAUAUGAGUUUGCACCCGUCAAUGGAGGGUCAGAGUCAUCUGCCCGAAGAAAUUCUGAGGGAGACGUCUAUGUCUAGGAAAAGUUCAAACAUAAACAGCGGGUGCGCUUUUUAGUGCCCCUAUAUUCAGCUAAAGAAAAACUUGUCGUUCCGAAGAUGACUUCAAUAACACAAUCAACCAGCAUUGACUGCCACAGUCCAAGUUUUAGUAAAUUUUGUCUUUAUGAAAAAAAAACCUGUCCGAUUAUUGUAAUUUUUUUGCAUUUAUUUUUGUGUAUUAAAUACUCUAUUUUUUAUUUUUUAAUAUUUUAAUUUAUUAGUAUUAGUUAUUUAAAUUUAGUUCUUCUUUUUUUCUCAUUAAAAAAAGUAUUUAUACUGCAAUUCGAUUAAUAAAAAGUGUUUUAAAAUAAAA